AAGACAAGAUAGAUGUCGCGGCGAUCGUAAAAAUUCUCAAGUUGAUUGUGUCUCAAGUUGACGUUUCGUGCGAAUUAGCAUGUUUACUACUUUAUAGUGCAUGUUUAAACUUGCGCCUUGGAUACGAUGAUAAAAAUGCGUAAAAUAAUAACGCGCCGAAGUCGCAUUUAACCGCAACAUAAGGCACUUAGGGCCCCAUCUUUUACCGACUCUACUAAAACCAAUUUCAAGCCAAAAUGGCAGAACAGCCUGGAAAUACUCCGAAUUCAGUACGACGUCCACCCGCUAAUUUAGGCACUUCCGGUGGUGGGAGGCCGAAAAUGAUGUUACCAAAGGUUCCUGCUAUGAACGAUAAAACUAGAUUCGUGCAAAAUGACAGACAAAAAUUGAGAGAAAAUACGCGAUUUAGAAUGUGUCAAUCCAUGCAAUCGACGGGUAAAUUAAAAAUCAACGAAACCGAAUAUGAAUUUACUUCGGAUGAUCUUCGAGAUCACGGCGAAAUAGGAAGAGGCGGAUUUGGAACGGUUAAUAAAAUGUUACACGAAAGAACGAAUACGAUUUUAGCGGUUAAACGAAUUCGAUCUACGGUUGACGAAAAGGAGCAAAAACAAUUGUUAAUGGACUUGGAAGUUGUGAUGCAAAGCAACUCUUGUCCGUACAUAGUACAAUUUUAUGGGGCGCUUUUUAAGGAGGGUGAUUGUUGGAUUUGUAUGGAAUUAAUGGACACGUCGUUGGAUAAAUUUUACAAAUUCAUUUGCGAACGAUUAAACCAUAAAAUACCGGAGCCGAUUUUGGGGAAAAUCACCGUUGCUACCGUGAAAGCAUUGAGUUACUUAAAAGAUAAAUUAAGGAUAAUUCAUCGAGACGUUAAACCGAGUAAUAUUUUAUUAGAUCGAAGGGGUAAUAUUAAAUUAUGUGAUUUUGGUAUUUCCGGACAAUUAGUUGAUUCAAUCGCGCGAACUAAAGAUGCGGGAUGUCGACCUUACAUGGCUGUAAGUCAUUAAUAAUUUAUUAUAAUU